AUGUCGAUCAGUUGGGAACAACAGGAUUUGUUUGUUUCUACGAACAGAUCCACCGUCGGCGUUGCAAGUGCUAGCGAUAUUGUCCACAAGCAUUAUCCCGUGCGAGUUGCACGAUUUCCUGCUGCCGAUGGAAUAAGAGAACUACUUAUACGAAAAAGCGAAGGAGGUAAGAUCGGUGUUACCGGUAGGCGCAUACAACAGGAGGGAAAGAUACUGGUCUGUGCUGUAACCCGCAGAAGUCCUGCAUACAUGGCCGGACUUCGAUACGGGGAUGAAAUACUGUGCUUUGAAAAUGUGCCUAUUUCCGGUGUAGUGUUAGAUCGUGUUCGUGAGCUGGUUCGGAACAAUGUUCGCAACAGCAUAAAAUUACUUACAAAAGAUAAACCAGGAGAACGCUACGUGACCAUUGCUAGGGAUGUGCAGAAAGGAUUCGGUUUUCGGUUCGUGAAUGGAGAAAUUACAUUCGUCCGACCAAACACGAUGGCCGAACGGCGAGGUCUAGAAAGAAGGUUACAAAUCAUCGAAGUAAAUGAGGAGGUCGUUGUUGGGAUGCCGGAUGAAGAAAUUGAAGCCAUCAUAUGUGCCCAGGAGGAUAUAGUGACGUUAUGUGUAGUACCGGUGAAAGUUUAUCGACAACUGUUCUGCAGGUUAUCACCGACCAAAAACGAUGCUCUCACGUUGAUCGAAUUCUAA